AUGGAUUCACAGUGGCAGCCAUAUCAGGAUCCCUUAACGGGUCGCCCUGCGCAGUUCAAUAAUGGUUUGACGUCCAAUCCACCACAGCUUGGCCCAAAGUACACCAGUCAACCACAACAGUCACAACCACCAGUGGGGUAUACCUACGAACCUUUUCAAACACCUAGUAUUGCAGCAAAGCCCCCGUCGGCCUCUAUGAACUCGAAAUCCGUAUCUAUGGCGUCGUCUCCGGCUGCGACGCCACGUAGCCGCGAUUAUGUCACCGAUGCCGACACCACAAUGGAAGAUGCGGAUCCGUAUAAUCGGGCGAAGUAUUCAACAAGACCUACCCAUCAUAGCCGGCCUUCUUCCCAAUAUUUCCCCACCGAGGAAUCAUCAGCCGCCCGUAGGUAUUCCCCGAUGAACGCCCUGUCCCCAGCGAUGCCUUACAACACGAGUCCCGGGAAGCCUUCCAACUCGUAUGCUCUUCCUCCUGGGCCAAACCAAUCUCGCCGUUCGCCGACAAGAGUGCCAAACUACUCUUCGCCUCCGCAACCAUUCCAGUCGCCUCCUUCCGGUUCACGCGCCCCGCGGCUCCCCCCUUUGCAGCCCACAGAUAUGAGUCCGGAGCAAUACUAUCCAACGUCGGCAGGAUCUCAACUCAGUGCUCCUUUCGGGCAGGACGGGAGGUCGCCCCGCUCUGCGUCGAUAUCCGGCCCCAGCCAGCAACCUGGUCGGGGCCCGGUUCCAAAGUUUCAAAAGAUAAAGUCGGUUCAGAACUUGAAGCCGCGCGUCAGUGUGCAACCUCCAUUUAGGCGUGCGAAUCCUGAAGGUGGCUUUAUCAGUCCGCUCCAAGCCUUAACGACGCAUCUCCCAUCCACGUACCGGAUUUGUAACCCCGGUUUCAACUAUGAGUCCUCGAGAAAUCCAAGGCGAGUUCUGACGAAACCCAGCAAGGGAGUAAAGAACGAUGGCUACGACAAUGAGGAUAGCGACUACAUUUUGUACGUUAACGACAUUUUGGGAAGCGAGGAAGCCGGCCACAAGAAUCGCUACCUUAUCCUCGAUGUGUUAGGGCAGGGUACCUUUGGACAGGUCGUGAAAUGUCAGAACUUGAAAACGCAGGAAGUUGUAGCUGUCAAAGUGAUCAAGAACAAGACCGCGUACUUUAACCAGAGCAUGAUGGAAGUGUCCGUUUUGGAUUUGCUCAACAGCAGAUAUGAUAAGAAUGAUGACCACCAUCUGCUACGACUCAAGGACACAUUCAUCCACCGACAGCACCUCUGUUUGGUAUUCGAAAUACUCAGUGUCAACCUGUACGAGUUGAUCAAGCAGAACCAAUUUCGAGGCCUGAGCACGACCUUAGUCCGCGUAUUCGCUCAACAACUGCUGAACGCGUUAAGCCUGCUGAAUAAGGCGCAUUUGAUCCAUUGCGACUUGAAACCGGAGAAUAUAUUGCUGAAAAAUCUGGAGAGCCCCAUAAUCAAAGUAAUUGAUUUUGGGUCUGCCUGUGAUGAACGGCAGACGGUCUAUACAUAUAUACAGUCAAGGUUUUACCGGUCUCCUGAGGUCCUCCUUGGAUUGCCAUAUUCCUCGGCGAUUGAUAUGUGGUCAUUAGGUUGCAUCGUUGUUGAGCUCUUCCUUGGUUUGCCGCUCUUCCCGGGAUCGUCAGAAUACAAUCAAGUCUGUCGGAUUGUGGAAAUGCUAGGUCUGCCCCCGACAUGGAUGUUGGAAAUGGGCAAGCAAUCGGGUGAAUUCUUCGAAAAGACCCAGGAUGAAUUUGGAAGAAAGACAUACCGUCUCAAGAGUCUGGAGCAAUUCUCGCGAGAGCAUGGAACGAAAGAGCAGCCGAGCAAGAAGUAUUUCCAGGCGUCGACACUGGAAGAGAUCAUUCGGAGCUACCCGAUGCCGAGGAAGAACAUGAAACAAGCAGAAAUCGAGCGAGAGCUAAACAACCGAGUUGCUUUCAUCGAUUUCGUUCGUGGCUUGCUAUCAAUCAACCCACUGGAGCGGUGGUCCCCGCAGCAAGCUAAACUGCAUCCUUUCAUCACGCAACAGAAAUUUACAGGACCAUUCGUGCCCCCGAUGAAUCUAAAAUACUCAUCUUUGAAUAAAACAGUUGCUCCUGGUAUACAACAGCAACAGCAGGCAGAGGCCGCAAGCAAACAAAGGGCGGCGCAAGCAGCACAUGCUCAGUCGGCUGCACAGAGUGCCUACUCGAUGCAAAUGAACCAGUUCCAUGCACCCACUCAUGCUCAACCUCCCCCUCCCAUGUACAACGGAGUGUUCACGGGCCACCAGCAAGGUGCCCCGCCGCCGUACCCCACCCAGCAGCCUCCGGGUUACGGUCACCAGAUGAACCUUAUACCGGGUCAAAUGCCUCCAUCACAGUACGCACCGUCUCAGAGUCUUUAUGCUCAAGCAACAACAAGAGCUGGCCGGCAACGUGCUUCCACAAUGGACCCUCAGGGUGGCGGAGUUCCACCGACUAUUCAGCGAGUCGCUAGUCAUCUCGAUCCUAACGCACCAAUCCGGUUACAACCUAGUCCGGCAUACUAUCCUCCCCCUGCAGAUGGCUAUGUUGACACUGGCGCUGCGAAUCAACGGCGGCGAGGAAGUCGUACAGGCGGCACACGUAACCGGGACUUCAUUCGAACACUUGAAGACGGCGUACUAGGAGGGGAUGGCUUUAUGGGCCAGAAUCAGUGGCACUAAGCACACAUUUGCUGAAACCAGUUGAGUGGCACCCGUGGGUGCAUUAACAUCUUUAAGUUAGCGAGUGCACUUUUGAUCGGGCAAGUAUAAGCUCCAGAUGCGUGUGUUUAAUGAAUAUGACCGCAGAGCUGCUCCAAAGUGUCGUUCUGU